CGUUAGCUUGAAGCUGCAGCGCUCUGACAGCAGCAGUGAUGUGUUUACUAGCAGAGGAGCAGCUGCACGUGUAGUCUCCUCUCUGUGCUGUGGAACAUGGCGGACAUCACUCCCGGCUCGGUAGCUUCCUCUCUGUGUGCCGGGCCGCCGCUGCCACCGCCGCCUCUAACAAGCAGCGGGCAGCGAGCGUAAACGUGCAACUUCCGCCUUUUUGACACCAUCUCCCUCCUGCCUCCAACCCGCCGCCUCGUCCACUCACACACUUUGUUUCCGCUGCAGGCUGAAGCGCGCACACACACAAACACACAGCUGCAGCAGAAGAGAACCAGUCCCUGAAGCACUCCCAUCAUCAUCAUCUCCUGCUGCACCAAUCGGAAGAUGGACUAACCUUUAAAAAAACCCACUUAAUCAGCUCCUCAUCUUAUCACCCACCUGUAGGGCCCCUGAGGGCCCUCAGGUAGCACGCAGCAGGAUGCCCUGCAGCAGGCAGUCUGCCAGGCAUCCGCUGUGGCGCCUCCUGUCGCCGUUCCACACCCGGCAGGAGCGAGUGGUGCUGGCCCGCAGCGAGAGCCUGCCAGGGGAACAUGUCCUGAAGAUCACAGUCACAGAGACCACAGUUAUCGAGGCUGAGUCUGGGGUGUGGAACUGGCGCUCGCUCACCUACCUGGGCCUCUGGUACUUCUUCAGCUUCUGCACCCUGUUCCUCAACAAAUACAUCCUGUCAUUGUUGGAGGGGGAGCCCAGCAUGCUGGGUGCUGUUCAGAUGGUGUCCACCACGGUCAUUGGCUGCCUGAAGAUGUAUGUCCCCUGUUGCCUGUACCAGCACAAGUCCAGAACCGAGUACCCUCCCAACUUCAUCAUGAUCAUGUUAUUUGUUGGACUCAUAAGGUUCACCUCAGUGGUUCUGGGCCUGGUGAGCCUGAAGAAUGUGGCAGUGUCGUUUGCAGAGACGGUGAAGAGCUCAGCGCCCAUCUUCACUGUCAUCAUGUCCCGGCUGAUCCUCGGGGAGUACACAGGGCUGUGGGUGAACCUGUCCUUGUUCCCUGUCAUGGCCGGCCUGGCCCUGUGCACAGCCACAGAGAUCAGCUUCAACAUGCUUGGGUUCUCCGCCGCGCUCUCCACCAACGUCAUGGACUGUUUACAGAACGUGUUCUCCAAAAAGCUGCUCAGCGGAGACACAUACAAGUUCAGCCCUCCAGAGCUGCAGUUCUACACCAGUGCAGCAGCAGUCAUCAUGCUUAUACCUGCCUGGGUGUUCCUCCUGGACCUUCCAGUGCUUGGGAAGACUGGGCGAAGCUUUAUCUUCAGUCAAGACAUUGUCCUGUUGCUGCUAUUUGACGGCGGCCUGUUCCACCUGCAGAGCGUCACCGCCUAUGCUCUCAUGGGUCGGAUUUCCCCUGUUACCUUCAGUGUUGCCAGUACUGUCAAGCACGCCCUCUCAGUGUGGCUGAGCAUCAUCGUGUUCAGUAACAAGAUCACAAUCGCCAACGCCGCUGGCACCGUCUUCGUGUUCAUCGGGGUCUUCUUUUACAACAAGGCCAGACAGAUCCAGAGACGGAGCUUACAGGCGAUGGCUGCCGAGCAGAACCAGAAACCACUACUGGACGACCGGGACUUCCUCGCUGCUCAGUCUCACAAAGAUUUCGGCACUUGAAAGACAGACAUGCUGCUUGAGAUGGGAUCAAAUUAUGAACAAUGAUCUGUUUGCUCGCCUGUGGCUGUCCAGGCGGGAUGACUGGAUAUUUACAAAAGAGAAGCAACAAUAUGCCACCUUUGCUAGGCAUCAAGACGUGAUUGAUUCCAUUGGGCUGAAAGUCCAUGCAGCUAAAAGUUUCAGUGUGCAGCUUUUAGUGGCAUCUAGCAGUUAAGUUGCAUACUGCAAACAACUGCCCCCUACCCCUCCCCUCACUGGCUACUGUUGAAACAUGGCGGUGCACACUGAACGUUGGAAAUUUAUUCUGUCAAAGACAUUUUAACUGCUGUAUAGUUCAGCUUUCCUGUUAAACUAGCUGCGCCUGUUCCCGGCAGUUUAAGCCACUGACUGUUCUUUUUAUUUACCGUCACAGAAGAUCCUAUGCCGGUAACCGAAGUAAUGCAAUGAAAGAUAAACCAACCUAUUGUCAGUCAGUGAACCAUCAAAAUGAUUUAGAAUAUUUUUUUAAGGUGCAAUAGUUUCGUAAAAUUGCUUUUAAGAAAAACCACUCAAGUUUUUUUAUAUUCAGUGUCAAUGUCAUGUCUUAUUGCUUGAAGAAGACUUUGGUGUGUGGCUUGGUUCAGGUCACUGGUCUGACCAUGUCAACACUAGUCCUGUAAAAUGAGGAAGCUCAGGGUUCUCUGAAGAUUUUCGUUUUACAAUUCCAGUGCGAGCUGACUUUUGAUCUCAUCUGUGGUACAGCAGCUGCUGAAUGUACAGUGUGCUAUAGUGAAUAUCUAAGGAGCAUCGAAGCUGUAAGAUUUUACUGUUGUGACGGUGUAACCGACACUGUAUCAUACAAUGUAAUGUUUGAGAUGUGAACAGGGCACAAGUGCCUGAGAUGUGAGGCUGUUUGGAGGUUUGUUGAGCCAAAACUUAGCCUGGCUGACGGCAACUUUUUAAAAAGCCAAAUGUGGAACAGCCUCAUUCUGCAUUCUAGAAAUGCUUAUCAUCUUUUAGGAAAUUUUAUGUGCUUGUAUUUUAUUCUUAUUUUUUUUCUUUGUAAUCUAACUAACCCCCAGUUCAUGCUGGGACGGCAUCCCUGGCAACACUGAUCAGUAAAUUAAUGAAUGUGCUUACAAAAAAAACUCCCUGGUUUGGUUUUUGACCUUCCCUUUUACAGUUGUUUGCUCCUUGUGCAAAGAGAGAUUAAUAGCAACGUAACAAAUGUGCUCAUUCGUUUUACCUCCAGACAAAGUAAAUCCUGUUGACUGAUGUCACAUUGUACCAAUAUCUCAGGUGAUUGCUGUGUUAUCAUAAACAAAUAUAAAACUAAGUUGUAGGAAACCGGUUUUCUUAAAAAGCUUUAUGGCCCCUUUUAAUUUAAUGUAAAACAUAUUUCUAUGUGCUGCCUACUUUUAACGUUCAGGAUUUCAGGAUAAGAGCUGAAAUUACAUAAUUAAAGUUCACAUUCACCAGGUGUUACCAGCGCCUCCCUUUGUGUUCUUCUACAACACAGCUUUUUGGAGAACACGUUCUGUAAACUGAGAUCAGAUAGAACCGGUUAAAUAAAUUAUCAAACUGCUGUGGCGUGGCUGUGUGGUUAUCAGCAGUACCAGUCCAUGACGUUGUGCCACUUUUAUCAUCUUGCCAAAAAUAAACUGCAGGGUGCUAAUAAUCCAAUCAUGAUAAUGUUAUUCUGAGAUGGCAGCUUCAAUCAAACAGCUUCUAGUCUGCUGCUCUGCUCAUGUGUUCAGGCCUCUUUCAGUUUAUCUUUUACUUGAUUCGUUAGUGAGUGACAAAGUUCAUCAGGUCUCUGAUAGGACACAUCUGUUGUAAUCAUUGUCACAUACUUACAUGUUUUGUCUUUUCAAAUGCAUUUUUAUCAAGUGUUUUACGUUUGCUUUACUUUUUGUGCCUCAGCAAAACUUGUUCAUUCUUUUCUGAUUUGAACAUUUUAUGAAUUUACAUAAUAAACACAUUCAUU